AUGGCCUCGGGUGCUAGGGUUUUCAACGGCUGCAGAUCGCUAUUCGCCGCAGCAAAGUCCGCCACUCCCAAAUCCACGGCCACCGCUGCCGCUACCACCACCACCGCUGCAAAGAAGAAAACCACCGUCAAAAAACCAACAGACAAACCAGCGAAGAAACCGAAGCCAGCUUCUGCUGAAAAAUCGUUGAAACCUGUUGGCAUUCUGAAACCAACUCCGAUUUCUCCAGCCCUUGCUCAGUUCCUCGGUGUCUCUGAAUCCCCUCGCACCGACGCCGUUAAGAAGAUUUGGCAGCACAUCAAGCUCCAUGAGCUUCAGAAUCCAGAAAACAAGCGAGAGAUAAUUUGUGAUGAAAAGCUCAAGACAAUAUUUGAUGGGAGAGACAGAGAGUGCACUGAAGCUUCCAGAGUUUAUUUUGUAUGCAAAUUGAUUGCUCAUUUCUAUGUUUCUCUGGGAGUCUUUAUAUUGGGGCCUUGA